CGUCAAAGUUAGGAAGUUUUAUAGAAACGAAAGAUGUCAAGUCAAUCUAAUGAAAACAAAAACAUGCUUCCGCCAACGACAUCCCAAAUAAAAUAGUGCAAUUUUUGUGCAAAUUUGUGCGCGUGUUUGAACUAAUUAGGGCUAUAAAUCUGUUAAAAAUAAUUCAGAUUAAUGAUACCUGCCUAACUUUGGAUUAAAAUUAUUUUCAAGGCAAAGGCGAAUAAUUUUAUAUCGGCAAGAAUAGAUCAUCUGCGAUUUAUUUGUUGGAAAUAAUAAUUUUUGGUAAUAACCUUAGGCGUGUGUGGAAAUGUGUUUCUAAAAAUAAUUUCAGGGCCCAGAUAGUCUUCAAAAUAAAAAUUUAUCAUCUAGAAGUUGCAAUGAGUAAAGGUAAAAAAAUCUUGGGCAAGAAAAGGAAAGGAGUUUAUAAGAAAGAGACAAAACGAAAGAAGGGAAGUGGAGAGAAAAAUUCAGUGAAUAAAAAAGCUAUCUUUAAUAGGUAUAAGAAUAAACAAAAAGUAGAAGAAGAAUUAGCCAAAAAGAAACAGUUAGAAAAGAAGUUCCAGCUGGAACAGGUCACCUUCUCUGAAAGUGAGGAGGAGGAAGAUGUAUAUGAACAACUUGUGGCAUGUUUUGGAAAAGGAAAAGUAAAAAAGGUGGUGGACAGUGAUGAGAGCGAAGAAGAAAGUGGGUCGGUGGUGGAUGAUGUUGAAAUGUCUGCAGAGGUGGGCAAGGGCAAUUCACAACUUGGAAGAGAUUAUGACAAUAAUGAUGCUUCUAGUGUACAGGAUAGUGAUGAGGAAAUAGUUCAACUAAAUGAUGUGGAGGAUAACAAUGAUUCAGAAGAAGAUCCAUUUACAAAACACCUGGAAUAUGAGUUAAGUGAUGAGAUGCUAAUAGCUCUUACUAACAUUCCUCCCAGCAUAGAAAAAAUUGUUAAAACCUGGACAGCUCUUGGCAACUUAGUCAUAACUAUACCAAAACCUCUAGAAACUUCUACAAAAAAUGUAAAAUCAAAAGUAUCUCUCAUAGAAGAGAAAACAUAUGCUUCCACAGGAACUGCUCCUCAACAUUUUAGUAAGGUUGAUUAUCAACAAUUAAACAUAAAAUCACAAAUACAUGGAAAUAUAGUAUUAGCAAAUAAAACAAAUUUAAUCAAAAAAGAUUUGGAACUGAGCGAAGUGUUCACUCCAUUACAAAAAGACCUUUUUGCUAUAAUGAAUAAUUAUCAGGAUCUGUAUUAUCCUGAAAGGACAUUCACAAAUGCAGAUGAAAUUAGGUACAUUUACUGUCUCCAUUUGGUCAAUCACAUGCUCAAGACAAGGACAAAAAUAGUGCAUCAUAAUGCUAAAAUAUCAAAAAAGUCUGACAUAUCAGAUGACUACAGGGAUCAAGGUUUAGUUCGGCCAAAGGUAUUGAUAUUAGUACCUUUUAAAAAUACUGCUUACAAAGUAGUAAAGACAAUCAUGGAGAUAUUAGUUCCCAAAGAAGCUGGGCAAGUGGUAAACAAGAACCGGUUUGAAGAGGACUUCACUGGAGAAGAACUAAUAAUGCCAAAAAAGAAUCCUAAGCCUGAGGACUACGAGCUUUUGUUCAGUGGCAACACAGAUGAUACUUUUAGGCUUGGCAUGACUUUGACUAAGAAAACUCUUAAGUUGUACACAGACUUCUAUUCAUCAGACAUCAUUGUGGCCUCGCCUCUCGGUCUGCGUAUUAUAGUCGGCGCGGAGGGUGAAGAGGAGAGAGAUUAUGAUUUUCUGGCGUCCAUAGAGAUGCUGGUAAUGGAUCAAACGGACGUAUUCUUGAUGCAGAAUUGGGACCAUCUUCUUCAUGUGUUGGAUCAUUUUCAUCUGCAGCCUAAGAAAACUCAUGGGACUGAUUUUUCAAGGGUUAGAUAUUGGGCUAUUAAUGGCUGGUCAAAGUAUUAUAGGCAGACAUUAGUGUUCUCAUCAGUGGCGCUGCCGGAAAUAAAGUCUGUAAUCAACCGCAAGUGUCACAACUACGCCGGGAAGGUGCUCGUCGAGAACCCUGUGGAGUCGGGCACCAUUCAACAGGUUAUAUUACAAGUGCCUCAAGUGUUCCACAGGUUCGCGGCUGCCAGCGCGCUGCAGAGCGCGGAGGCGCGCUUCUCGUAUUUCGUGAAGGAGGUGCUGCCCAAGCACCGCGACCCGCUGAUGAGCCACACGCUGAUCUACGUGCCCAGCUACUUUGACUACGUGCGCAUACGCAACUACUUUAAGAAGGAAGACGUCAGCUUUGUACAGAUUUGUGAAUAUUCUAAGGAUUCUAAAAUCGCUCGCGCCCGUGACAUGUUCUUCCACACUGAGGCGCAUUUUCUGCUUUAUUCCGAGAGAGUUCAUUUCUUCAGGAGAUUCCGCAUAAAGGGGAUUCGCCAUAUCAUCUUCUAUCAACUACCCACAUAUCCUCAUUUCUAUUCAGAAAUGUGCAACCUUAUGCAGGAGUGCAACCAGAACAAGUACGGCGGCAGCGCGUGCAACACGAGCGUGUCUGCGCUGUGCUGUCGCCCGGACGCGGGUCGCGUGGCCGCGCUGUUGUCCGCGCCGCGCGCCGCCGCGCUGCUCGCCGCCGACAACCCCGUGCACAUGUUUAUGACUGCCGACUGAUUCUUGUCGCUACACUGCUACACUGUGUAUUGUUAUGUAAAUAUACCGUUGCCUGGCAAAAAGUA